UCGGGCAGUGUGGGGAGCCAGCGGCUCUCGCACCCCCAGUGGGUGGCCGAAGCGGCGAACGUGGCCGUCCUGGGGAACCUGUCGGGUGGGGGAGACGCCCGCGCCGUUCCGACGAGGUCCUCUGUGAGGGUGCGGGGCUCGGCGGUUUCCAUGGAAGCUGAGGUUUCCUGGUCCGAAAUGAUGGACGGAAUGAUGGCGGGCUCUGGGGUGCUGUCUGACUGGGAGGAGGGCUGGCUUGUCUAACCCCUCAGACUGGAAGGCUCGGCCGGGAUUCCAGGCUUCCGGUGGGCCGGAAUGUUCCGGAGGUGGUCCUCGGAGGACCCGUAUGUUUAGUCUGCGUACACUUUACGGGACUGGUCGGUUCCCGAGGACGCCGAGCUGUGUUUGGCAAAAGAUGUCAGAGGAUCUAGCAAAACAGUUGGCCAGCUACAAAGCUCAACUCCAGCAAGUAGAAGCUGCUCUAUCGGGAAAUGGAGAAAAUGAAGAUCUGCUGAAACUGAAGAAGGAUUUGCAAGAAGUCAUAGAACUGACCAAAGACCUUCUGUCAACUCAGCCUUCGGAAACUCUCACAAGUUCAGACAGCUUUGCUUCUACUCAGCCCACUCAUUCAUGGAAAGUAGGGGACAAGUGCAUGGCCGUCUGGAGUGAAGAUGGACAGUGUUAUGAAGCGGAGAUCGAGGAGAUCGAUGAAGAGAACGGCACCGCUGCAAUCACCUUCGCUGUCUAUGGCAAUGCCGAAGUGACUCCAUUGUUGAACCUCAAGCCUGUAGAGGAAGGAAGGAAAGCAAAAGAGGACAGCGGCAACAAACCCAUGUCAAAAAAAGAAAUGAUUGCCCAGCAGCGUGAAUAUAAAAAGAAAAAAGCUUUGAAAAAAGCACAGAGAAUAAAAGAGCUUGAGCAGGAGCGAGAGGACCAGAAGGUGAAAUGGCAGCAAUUCAACAACAGGGCGUACUCGAAAAACAAGAAAGGCCAGGUAAAGAGGAGUAUUUUUGCUUCGCCAGAAAGUGUAACGGGCAAAGUCGGAGUAGGAACUUGUGGAAUUGCUGACAAGCCCAUGACACAGUAUCAAGAUACAUCCAAAUACAAUGUCAGGCAUUUGAUGCCUCAGUAGUGAGGAACUGUUGGAUUUCAUCUCCGCAGGGCUUUACAUUUACCUUUUUAUCCUUAUAUUUUUCUAAAGGUAAAUUAUUUGUUAGAUGAGUAAGGAAGAUACGUUGUUGUCAUUGUUUGGCUUUGGUAGGAUGAAACUUGAAGACAUUUGAUAACUGCUACCAUGUAACUUUCCAUUGCUACUCACCACAGCUUCCUCAGUAUGUUGAACAAGGCAACUUUUCUAGCUAAGUGCUGCAUAAGUCGGCACGUAGAUGACUUAGGAACGUCAGGCCACUUAACUGAUGUUGUGUGGACAGUUUGUAAGUCCUAACUUGGGAUUUUCAGAUGCUUUGCACUUGAUAUAUUCCAACAGUGCAGUGGAAGGAACAUCAAGGCAAAACGCCAGCCUGCUGAAGAGAGCUGCUUCCGUUUACAACCUGGCACUGUCCAGACAAGCCCAAGUAUAGGUUAAUUUAUAAACGGCAAAGUUUAUUUUGAGGUUUUUUUCCUUGAAUUGUUUCCUGGGACUAUUAGGUCACCUCUACAAUUGACUCACCUUGUAUUUUUUGUCAUUGAGUUUGAAUUUUAUAUUAAAAAACCAAACAAACCAUGUUUAGGAUGUGCUCCCCUUCUCUGUUUAUUUGGUGUUUUCCUUUGUUGACUUCACUUGUGGUAGUGGUACCCGUUUUGGGAUGUGUAAUGUUUAUAUGGGAAGACAAAGCUGAUGUACAGCCCUGUAUACAGUGUAGAUACUAUUUUUGUAAAAAGCAAAACAAAACCAAAAAAAAAAACAAAAACAAACCAAGGCUAAAUUAAUGAACAAGAGUACUGAAUGUCUUCACGAUUACAUUUUCCUGUAUUUCUUGUGCAUUAAUCUGACCAUAACUUCCCUGUAUAUUAUGUUCAUGUAGCUGAGUUUGUAAUUUUUAUUAACGAGAUCAAGUUGCCAGCAUUUGUUGGCAUAAGUGAAGCACCACAGCUAUCCCAAGUUGAGUUUAAACAAAGCAAAGGUAGGGAAAAAGGGUCUUCCUGUUAAUUGGAAGAAGAUAAUUUUUAGAGUGUGUGUUAAUUUCAGUUUUGUAUGUUUAACUUUAAUAAAUAAAGUUUGUAAAAUCUC